AUGGGAAAGCGCAAGGCAAACAACCAUUCCGAUACUUCUUCAAAGCGCAAUCGGGCGGUGAACAUCUCCCAGUCCCCUCAGGAACCGUCGUCUCAUGCAUCCACAUCGGGCACCGUUGUGGAAGACACAGAAGCUCAACCACUCGCCGAUGAGCCCCAGGUCCAUACCACUGAUCCCGCCGCACGAGCCGAAGAGCAGAGUGCGAAGCUAUUGCUUGCUAUACGUGAGCAAGCCGAGCUCCUGAGCGGUUUCCUCACAACGUGCAGGUCCAAUCUGGGUUCCUCACGCAACACGCGAUCUAGCAAACGCCAUCCGGCAGUGGGUCAAGUGGAAGCAAUGAUGAUCCACUCUAAGGAGUUAUUGAAGAUCCUGUUCCCUCAGACUGCGGUUUAUUUGGAAGCACCGGGCUUGUCGGGUGGCCUCUCUCCCGCGCGCGACACCAGUGGCGUACGGGAUGAGUCCACCUUCAACAGGCCGCAGAACUCUCUCAGUGUCGACCUUUCGAAGAGUGGUAUGGGCUCAACCCUCGGCUACACUCACGACAAGCACGGGCUCCGGAUGGGCCUCAAGGCGGACGGUCGGCGUCGUGUCGGCAUCCCUGACUUCCUCGUCACUACUCGAGCCGACGACGGGAUGCCGUUGCAGAUCAUUCUUUCUGUCGAGGACAAGGUCACGAAGGACCCGACUAAGCAGAUGAACCGGUACUCGAAGCUGGUCGGACGCCACCACAAGGCGCACGUCAUCGGGCUCCGCAUCACCCCUUCAGAAGAAGGCGGCCGGGGCUUGCAGGUCAAGUGGGCUCGACGCAUCUGGGGUCGCACUCUGGAGGAGCCGGAUUCUGAGGCGGCCGUCGUCCUGUAUGCUGACGGGGACCGCGCGGAGACGGGACACUCGGGCUGGUACCCCGCGUUGUGCACGUUCUCUUUGAGCAACUUCCUCGCGAGCCGCAACGAGUUCCUUCGACCCACGACCCACUACACUGUCGACGAGGUUGCUUCCAUCAUCGCCAUCAACAACGGCGCAUCCCGGCAGAAGCAGUCGGAUUAG